AUGUCUCAUCACUUCCAUGAUGCGCCGAGCCCUGAACCCGCCGAAGAUAUAGCGCAGAGUCCCAAUGAACAUGCGGUGGCAGAGCUAAGCCAGAUGAUGUUGCGCCGGUCGCUAGUUACGACUCGAAUGGUCAUGGGAAGGUUGUUGCCUUAUUACUUUAUGUACCUUUUCGCGAUAGGGUAUAUCAAAGAGCAAAAAUCCUCUCAGGGGUAUAUCUCCACCAAUUCCGUGUACCCAUGGUGGGAGGAACAACAGUGUGUCCUUGAUUCAGAGAGCACAAUUUCCGAUCUGGGACAUUAUAUCAAGGAGCAGCUUCUGGCAGAUGGUUGGAUACUGGAUCGAAGUAGACAUGAAGCCUCUUUGAGCCCAUUUCCCCCCGAUAUCGAUUCCGUGAUCCUCGCGCGCAGCUACAUUACCACCCUCGAAAACUGGCUCCUGAGUAAUGUGGAAGAUCCAGAGGAAACAACCCCAGUCGAUGGAGUUAUAGACCCAUAG